CCCGGAAAUCUCGCGAGGGUUUCGUCACGCAGCCUCACUUCCCUCCUUCCUGCCUUCCUCGCGCGACGGCUCUGGAGGUGACCGGCGGUGAGGGAAAGAGAGAGAGAGAAAGAGGCAGACGUGACGAUGGAGCUCCCGCCGCUUCCCCCUCCUCCGGCCCCCGAGGAGAAAGGCAGCGGGGCUGAGGAGGAGGAGGAGGGGAAGCCCGCCUCCCCGGCCACCGCGGAAGGGCUGGCACGCGUCUGCGACCUCCGCGUCCAGGGAGAGGAGCCGCCUCAACAGGAGCAGCCAAGCCCGCUGUCGCCUCUUCUCCCUCAGCCGCCGCCGAAGCGGACCUGGACUCGACGCCGACGGCAGCACCAGCAGCAGCAGCAAGAUAGGCCUCCCGGAGUGGAAGGCGGCGGGGGCAACAGCAGUAGCAGCAGCAGCGAAAGCAGCGAGGAGGAGGAAGAGGAGGAGGAAGAAGAGGAGGAGGAGGACGACGAGGAAGACGAAGACGAGGACGACGACGAGGAGGAGGAAGAGGACGAGGAAGAGGAGGAGGAAGAAGAGGAGGACGAGGAAGUGUCUGAGGUGGAAUCCUUUAUUUUGGAUCAGGAUGACCUGGAAAAUCCAAUGCUAGAGACGGCUUCAAAAUUACUGCUGUCAAGUACUGCUGAUGGUGCUGAUUUAAGAACAGUAGACCCAGAAACCCAAGCUAGGUUAGAAGCUUUACUGGAAGCUGCAGGAAUAGGUAAAUUAUCCACAGCCGAUGGGAAAGCCUUUGCAGAUCCUGAGGUGCUUCGCAGACUGACUUCUUCGGUCAGCUGUGCGUUGGAUGAAGCUGCUGCUGCACUUACCCGGAUGAGAGCUGAAAGCACAGCAAGUGCAGGGCAGAUGGACAACCGCAGCCUAGCAGAAGCUUGCUCAGAGGGAGAUGUGAAUGCUGUGCGAAAGUUGCUUAUUGAAGGGCGAAGUGUGAAUGAGCACACUGAAGAAGGAGAAAGUCUUCUUUGUUUAGCCUGUUCUGCUGGGUACUAUGAACUUGCCCAGGUUCUCUUGGCAAUGCAUGCAAACGUUGAAGACAGAGGUGUCAAAGGAGAUAUAACACCCUUAAUGGCUGCUGCUAAUGGAGGGCAUGUGAAAAUUGUCAAGUUGCUGCUAGCUCAUGGUGCUGAUGUCAAUGCACAGUCUUCAACAGGCAACACAGCACUCACGUAUGCUUGCGCUGGAGGCUAUGUUGAUGUUGUGAAGGCCCUGUUGGAAUCUGGUGCUAGUAUUGAGGACCACAAUGAAAAUGGCCACACUCCCCUUAUGGAGGCAGGGAGUGCUGGACAUGUGGAAGUUGCCAGAGUCCUGCUAGAAAAUGGAGCUGGGAUCAAUACACAUUCCAAUGAAUUUAAGGAGAGUGCACUUACGCUGGCUUGCUACAAAGGGCAUUUAGAAAUGGUGAGAUUUUUGUUGGAAGCAGGUGCGGACCAGGAGCAUAAAACAGAUGAAAUGCAUACUGCAUUAAUGGAGGCAUGCAUGGAUGGCCAUGUGGAAGUUGCCAGGUUACUUCUUGAUAGUGGUGCUCAGGUGAACAUGCCUGCUGACUCUUUUGAAUCUCCAUUAACUUUGGCGGCCUGUGGUGGGCAUGUGGAGCUGGCCGCCUUAUUGAUUGAGCGAGGGGCUAAUCUGGAAGAAGUAAAUGAUGAAGGCUAUACUCCACUGAUGGAGGCAGCCCGGGAAGGUCAUGAGGAGAUGGUAGCAUUACUUCUAGGUCAAGGAGCCAACAUCAAUGCUCAGACAGAAGAGACGCAAGAAACUGCCUUAACUUUAGCAUGCUGUGGGGGCUUUUUGGAGGUUGCUGAUUUCCUCAUUAAAGCAGGAGCUGAUAUAGAACUUGGUUGUUCUACACCCUUAAUGGAAGCUGCUCAGGAGGGUCAUCUGGAGCUAGUGAAAUAUUUAUUAGUUGCAGGAGCAAAUGUGCAUGCAACAACAGCUACAGGAGACACAGCACUGACAUAUGCCUGUGAGAACGGCCAUACAGAUGUAGCAGAUGUGUUGCUUCAAGCAGAUGCAGAUCUGGAACAUGAAUCUGAAGGAGGAAGAACGCCUCUUAUGAAAGCUGCAAGAGCAGGUCAUGUCUGCACUGUUCAGUUCUUAAUUAGUAAAGGAGCAAAUGUGAACAGGACAACAGCUAAUAAUGAUCAUACAGUUUUAUCGCUUGCUUGUGCUGGAGGGCACUUGGCAGUAGUGGAAUUGUUGUUGGCACAUGGCGCUGAUCCUACUCACAGACUGAAAGAUGGCUCCACCAUGCUAAUAGAAGCUGCUAAAGGUGGUCAUACAAGUGUGGUUUGUUACCUGUUGGACUACCCAAACAACUUACUUUCUGCUCCUCCACCUGAGUCUACCCAGCUGACUCCUCCCUCUCAUGAUUUAAAUCGGGCUCCUCGCGUUCCUGUUCAGGCACUUCCCAUGGUUGUCCCACCCCAAGAGCCCGAUAAGCCCCCAGCUAAUGUCGCCACAACCCUUCCCAUCAGAAAUAAAGCCACUUCCAAACAAAAGUCCAGCAGCCAUUUGCAACCAGCCAGCCCAGACGUACAAGGUUACAUCGCCAACCAGUCUCCAGAAAGCAUUGUUGAGGAGGCUCAGGGCAAGCUGACAGAGCUGGAGCAAAGAAUAAAGGAAGCCAUAGAAAAGAAUGCCCAGCUGCAGUCCUUGGAAUUGGCACAUGCUGACCAGCUCACCAAGGAGAAGAUCGAGGAACUGAACAAAACUAGAGAGGAACAAAUUCAGAAGAAGCAAAAAAUUCUGGAGGAGCUGCAGAAAGUAGAGCGGGAGUUACAGCUGAAAACCCAGCAGCAGCUAAAAAAGCAAUACCUGGAGGUGAAAGCACAGCGAAUUCAACUGCAGCAGCAGCAGCAACAGCAACAGUCUUGUCAGCAUUUGGGACUACUAACUCCUGCUGGUGUGGGGGAGCAGCUUACUGAGGGAGACUAUGCACGCUUGCAACAGGUGGACCCAUACUUACUCAAAGACGAUCCCCAGCAAACUGCUGCCCAGAUGGGCUUUGCUCCGAUUCAGCCUCUUACAAUGCCCCAGGCCUUGCCUCUGUCCGCAAGCUCCUUACCGCCAGGGUCUAUUGCAAAUCUUACUGAACUACAAGGUGUUAUCGUUGGACAACCAGUACUGGGCCAAGCACAACUUACAGGGCUGGGACAAGGAAUUUUGACAGACGCACAGCAAGGAUUAAUGGUAGCCAGCCCUGCCCAGACCCUCAAUGACACUUUGGAUGACAUCAUGGCAGCAGUGAGUGGAAGAGCAUCUGCUGUGUCGAACCCCCCCACCCACAACAUUGCAACAUCGGUUUCUCAGCCUCAGACGCCAGCACCAAGUCCCAUCAUUUCUCCUUCAGCCAUGCUUCCAGUAUACCCUGCCAUAGAUAUUGAUGCACAGACUGAAAGUAACCAUGACACUGCAUUGACUCUCGCUUGUGCUGGUGGACAUGAAGAGCUGGUACAAACACUUCUGGAAAGAGGCGCAAAUAUAGAACACAGGGACAAAAAAGGGUUUACUCCUCUUAUUUUGGCUGCAACCGCUGGUCAUGUUGGUGUUGUUGAAAUCUUAUUGGACAAUGGUGCAGAUAUUGAAGCUCAGUCUGAGAGAACUAAGGACACACCAUUAUCUUUAGCUUGUUCUGGGGGUAGACAGGAGGUUGUGGAGCUUCUCCUAGCUCGAGGUGCAAACAAAGAGCAUAGAAAUGUUUCUGACUACACACCUCUAAGUUUAGCUGCUUCUGGUGGUUAUGUGAACAUCAUCAAAAUACUGCUGAAUGCUGGUGCAGAAAUCAAUUCACGAACUGGGAGCAAGCUGGGUAUUUCUCCAUUAAUGUUGGCAGCCAUGAAUGGCCAUACAGCUGCUGUCAAGCUGCUCUUGGAUAUGGGUUCGGAUAUUAAUGCACAAAUAGAGACUAAUAGGAACACUGCCUUGACGCUGGCCUGCUUCCAAGGAAGAACGGAAGUGGUUAGCCUUCUUCUUGAUAGAAAGGCGAAUGUUGAGCACAGAGCUAAGACUGGCCUGACACCAUUAAUGGAAGCUGCCUCUGGUGGAUAUGCUGAAGUAGGCAGGGUUCUUCUAGACAAAGGUGCUGAUGUGAAUGCCCCUCCAGUUCCUUCGUCAAGAGACACAGCUUUAACCAUUGCAGCAGACAAAGGCCACUACAAAUUCUGUGAGCUUCUUAUUAGCAGAGGAGCUCACAUUGAUGUUCGUAAUAAAAAAGGAAAUACUCCAUUAUGGCUUGCUGCAAAUGGCGGUCAUUUAGAUGUUGUCCAGUUGCUGGUACAAGCAGGAGCAGAUGUCGACGCGGCCGAUAACAGAAAAAUAACACCACUCAUGGCAGCCUUUAGAAAGGGUCAUGUGAAGGUUGUACGCUAUCUUGUAAAAGAGGUAAAUCAAUUCCCAUCAGAUUCAGAAUGUAUGAGAUAUAUAGCAACAGUUACUGACAAGGAAAUGUUGAAGAAGUGCCAUCUUUGUAUAGAAUCAAUUGUUCAAGCCAAAGACAGACAGGCUGCUGAAGCAAAUAAAAAUGCAAGCAUUCUUUUAGAGGAGUUGGAUUUAGAGAAGCUACGAGAAGAAAGUAGAAGGCUGGCUCUUGCUGCAAAAAGAGAGAAAAGAAAGGAGAAGAGAAGAAAGAAAAAGGAAGAACAGAGGAGGAAGCUGGAAGAAAUAGAGGCAAAAAACAAAGAAAAUUUUGAACUACAAGCUGCUCAAGAAAAGGAAAAACUGAAAGCUGAAGAUGAAGCAGAGGUCCUCACAGAACCACCCAGUGCUACCACCAUCACCACAAUAGGUAUAUCUGCGACAUGGACAACUUUGGCAGGUUCCCAUGGGAAAAGAAUCAAUACUGUCACCACUAGCAGCUCCAAGAGGAAAAGCCGGAAAAACAAAAUCAACCAAGAUUCUGUUCAGAUUAUUUUUGAUGAGCAACUCCCAAUCUCCUACCCUCAACCAGAGAAAAUGAAUGGUGAAUCAAAAAGCAGCAGUACCAGUGAGAGUGGUGAUAGCGACAACAUGAGGAUUUCCAGCUGUAGUGAUGAAAGCAGCAACAGUAACAGCAGCCACAAAAGUGACAGCCAAUCUUCUACAAUGGCCCCCAAUGCUCAGAGCAACAAGAAGCAGCCCUCAGUACUAGUCACCUUCCCGAAAGAAGAGCGGAGAGCUGUUUCUGGCAAAUCUUCAGUCAAGUUGUCAGACGUUAUUACAGAAGUCACUAAUAAUUCCUUAUCUACUUGCACAAAAUCUUGUCCAUCGCCACUCUCCUCUCCUAAUGGAAAAAUCACUUUAGCCAGCCCUAAACGUGGUCAGAAGAGGGAAGAAGGGUGGAAGGAGGUUGUAAGAAGAUCAAAGAAGGUCUCUGUUCCAUCAACUGUUAUUUCCAGAGUAAUUGGAAGAGGUGGUUGUAAUAUUAAUGCUAUCAGAGAAUUCACUGGAGCGCACAUAGACAUUGAUAAGCAAAAGGACAAAACAGGGGACAGAAUCAUAACAAUAAGGGGAGGCACUGAAUCAACAAGACAAGCAACACAGCUCAUAAAUGCUUUGAUUAAGGAUCCCGAUAAGGAAAUUGAUGAGCUCAUUCCAAAGAAUCGUUUGAAAAAUUCUGCAGCCUACCCCAAGACGGGGAUGCCGGUACAUACCGCCACUGCAGUUGCUCACAAUUCUGUAGCUGGAAGCAAGGCAACCACGGUAGCAAUCUCGUCAUCACCUCAGAUUUCCACAGCACUUUCUGUGCCUGCUGUUUCUUCCACAUCUACUCACAAAACAGUCAAGAACCCUGUGAAUAAUGUGCGGCCUGGAUUUCCAGUCUCUCUGCCAUUAGCAUAUCCUCCUCCCCAGUUUGCACAUGCUUUGCUUGCUGCUCAGACUUUCCAACAGAUCCGUCCUCCGAGAUUGCCUAUGACUCAUUUUGGAGGAACUUUCCCACCAGCCCAGUCCACUUGGGGCCCCUUCCCUGUUCGACCUCUGAGCCCUGCAAGAGCAACCAACUCACCUAAGCCUCACACGGUGCCUCGCCAUAACAAUCAGAACAGCAGUGGUUCUCAGGUGAAUUCAGUGGGUUCUUCAACUUCCAGUCCAACAGCUACCACAAGUUCAGCUGUGUCUACUGUGCCUGUUUCUUCUGCAAGUGGCAGCCCCAGCUCACCUUCAGUUCGAAGGCAGCUGUUUGUCACUGUGGUUAAGACAUCCAGCACCACCACGACCACAAUAGCAACCACAGCAAGCAACAAUAGCACAACACCUACCAAUGCCACAUAUCCUUUUCCUACUGCCAAAGAGCACUAUCCCGUGUCGUCCACUUCCUCCCCUUCUCCACCAGCCCAGCCAGUGAGAGCUUCUAGAAGCAGUCCUUCAGAAUGUGUGACAGGUUCUCCAAGUAAAGGGGUGCCUUCCUCUGAUCAGGAAGUGAGGAGCCCUCCAGCAGUUGAAACAGCCAAUCUGGCCAACAACAGGCAAUCAAGCAGUGGCUCUGUCAGUGUUUCUUCGGAGCAUCCUCCUCAGCCACAGCCUCUCAGGUCUGUUUCUCAAGAAGCAAGGCCACCUCUACAGCAGCCUCAGGUUCCAUCACAAGAUCCUCGAAUGGUUGUGCCUCCAAACUUAGCAGCAGUGAGUUCUUCUGCCCCAGCAGUUGCUCCUGCUAAUGCACCCGUGAAUUCCCCAGCAAACUAUAUUUUGCCUCAGGCGUCAGUGGGAGCUCCUCAGCAACCUCCUCCAGUUAAAAUGGAAAGCCCCGCUAUCCGGCUGCCUUCCCAUGGAACAAAUCCCGCGCACAAGAAUUCCACUCCUGUCCAGAAUUCUUCCGUUGCUGUCCUUAAUGUCAAUCACAUAAAAAGACCCCAUAGUGUUCCUUCAUCAGUGCAACUUCCUUCUACCUUAAGUACACAAAGUGCUUCUCAAAAUUCAGUCCACCCACCAAACAAGUCUAUGGCCACCAACUUCAGUGCUGCUUUACCAUUUGGACCCUUCAGCACACUGUUCGAAAACAACCCUGCUUCUGCUCAUGCCUUCUGGGGUGGAUCUGUCUUGUCAUCUCAGACAGCUCCAGAGUCCAUUAUACCUGGAAAGUCUUCAUUUCUGCCAAACCCAGAUACAAUACACCAAUUAGAUACUUCCAAAGCUCCAGGUUUUAGGCCCCCGCUGCAGAGACCAGCUCCAAAUUCCUCAGGUAUUGUCAGCAUGGAUUCGCCAUAUGGUUCUGUAACACCUUCUUCUACGCAUUUGGGCAAUUUUGCCUCAAAUAUUUCAAGUGGUCAAGUGUAUGCAACAGGAGCACCUCUUGGAGGAGCACCGGCAGCUGCUAAUUUUAACAGACAGCAUUUCUCCCCACUCAACCUAUUGCCUCCAUGUUCCUCUGCAUCAAAUGAACCCCCUGCUCAGCCAGUAUCUGCGGGAGUUAGAGCACCAUCUCCAACACCUUCGGCUGUUUCGCUCGGGUCAGAAAAGCCCAACAGCGUGUCUCAGGACAGAAAGGUCCCUGUCCCCAUUGGAACUGAGCGUUCUGCACGUAUCAGGCAAACUGGAACAACAACACCCUCUGUUAUAGGGAGCAACUUAGCCACUCCAGUCGGUCACAGUGGUAUAUGGUCUUUCGAAGGAAUAGGGGGAAAUCAAGGUGAUAAAGUAGAUUGGUGUCACAGUGGAAUGGGAAAUCAUAUGAUUCACAGGCCAAUGUCUGAUCCAGGUGUAUUUUCACAACAUCAAGCAAUGGAGAGAGACAGCACAGGAAUUGUAACUCCUUCUGGUACAUUCCAUCAACACGUUCCCGCAGGAUAUAUGGACUUCCCUAAAGUUGGGGGCAUGCCUUUCUCCGUGUAUGGGAAUGCAAUGAUUCCCCCUGUUGCACCCAUUGCAGAUGGUGCUGGAGGUCCUGUAUUUAACGGACCUCAUGCUGCUGACCCAUCCUGGAACUCGCUGAUAAAGAUGGUUUCAAAUUCUACAGAGAAUAAUGGCCCUCAAACAGUAUGGACUGGAACGUGGACACCUCACAUGAACAGUGUGCAUAUGAACCAGCUUGGCUGAACGGGGAUCACUUCUCAUAGCCAGGAGGUUUUCUUCUGGCUUAGAGGAAAAAUAUAAACGAAAGAACCAGUUUUUCCUCAGCUCUCUGAUCAUUCUUCGGUUGUUCUGGACUGAAGUGUGUAGGCUUUCGCAGAAGAACGUACUAACUGACCCUUUUCUGUGAACAUUGUGACUGCCCGUUCCCUACCAUCAUAUGGUUCAACUUAGCCUCUCUUAGUUUCAUUUCCUUUCCCUUAUGAUUAUUCUUAAUUUUGGACAAAACUUUCUGUUAAAGCUGUUCUUUGGCUGGUUGGUUUUUAGUACUGUAAGCUGCUUCUGGGCAUACACAGAAAUUUAGCAAAAUUAUGUAAACUUGAUCCUGAAGUUUUAGAAUGGCAGAUAAAUGUACAAUUGUUUACAUAACAGAAAUGGCUAAGCAGAAAGUAAAUCUUUUCAGUAUGUCAGUAUAGAGGCUCUACUUUAUGUAGACUUUAAUGUGACAGAUGUACCUUCAUAUACAGCAGUCUGGAUGUUUCCUUCAUACAUUAAACUAUUAAUAAGCAUAA